AAGAUUCAAUGGCACAGCAGGAGGUCCAUAACGGAGGAGCCGCUAAGGGAGCUGUCAUCGACGCCUUGGUUUUCACAACGAUAAAGCCGCAACUGCUUGUGGAGGUUCCCAAGGUGAGCGACGCCAUUCAGUUCUACAAGGCUGCGUUCGGUGCUGAGGAGCUUUGUCGUACCAAGCACCCCAAGCGCAAAGCCGAUCAAGAGCUCCCUCUCGUUCCCUCUGCUCAGCUGAAGCUUGAUGGCUCCACAUUUCUCGUCUCUGACCUCACUGAUGACUCUACUGCUCCAUAAGCCUCUCUCUCUCUCUCUCUCUCUCGCCGCGUAUAUACUUUUUCCGAACAUUCUUGUUUGUUCGUGUAGAGUGUCACUUUCCUUUGGAUCUGUAGGCCUCAAAGGCAUUUUUCGGCAAUUUAAUGGAUCUCAUGCAAUUUUGCGUUAGUUUUUUACGAUUUUUACUUCAGAAUAUACCUAAUUUCUCUGGUUUUAGAUAGUUGUUCAUAUGCAUGGCUCCUUAUUCCAUACAUUUUUCGCGUAUUGAUCGCAACGUUAUAGUACUAUAGAUCUCCAUCUCUGGUUGGUUGUUCUGUGUCGCUUCCUUCUUAGCUUUCUUGCCGUUCU